AUGCAGUCCACCGGCAGCACCUCCUCGCGGUCCGCCCGAAGCCCCUCCGCCCAGCACUUCCAUUCCGGGUCUUCGGGGAGCAGCAUAGACACCGCCAUGACUUCACAAUCUUCUGCGCCACGCAGCUCGUCAAGCUCAUCAAGAUCUCAGUCCUCAAGGAGCACUGUGCCGAACGGACAAAUAUCCCAGAUCGAAAAAAGCGUUACGCAUUUACUCGUCGCGACAAAACAACUCUUGGAGACGUUAACACAAUGGUCUCGCCGACAGGUUUCUGAGACCGAGGUUUCGGACGUCUAUGUUAGGUUGGGAUACGAGUUCAAUCUUGCUUGUCGUGCCUUCAGCGCGAUCGGGGUGGACACUUCAGACCUGGGCCCUGUUCCGGAUCUCCUCCGUACGAUUCUCGAAGACACGCUGAGUCAGGAUGCCUCGCCACAAGCCCUCGACGUCUUUCUGCCUCGCAUCCGUGAUAUCAUCAUUAACCUCCUCCACGGUCUGAAACGCAAGCAGGCUCGCCUGCGAUCGCGACAGCAAAAAGAAGACGGUAGACCGACAGCUGGCCGACAUGCAAGCGCGGGCAGUGCGGCGAGUGAAUUACCUCCACCGAUGGAGGAGACUCCUCCCGGAGCCGUAUCCCCAAAACGCCCAAGCCGUACUCGCUACGGCAGCAGUGGAUCUUUGGAAGACAACCCGCAGGUUUCUCGAUCGUCUCCGGAUGUCAAAUCGGGCAGCUACUCUGAUCGCGAGGCAUCUAGGCGAGAAGCGCAGAAUGCGCUUGCACAGCCAGCACAGCAGGAGAGUGAGGCGAGCUCAAGGACCUCACAAUACCCUCCGCCCCCACCACCGCCACCCAAGCAGGACGAUGCCAUCGGGGCCCUGCAGCGGAGUGGGGAGCUGGAACGACGUGCGUCUCGGAGAUUUUCCGCGUAUCAAAUCCAAAAGCAUCUGGGGGCCUCUUCCAACGGCGUCCCUGUAAUCCCAACCCAGAACUCGCCUAUUCCUAAUCGCGGCCGUGAUGUUCGAGAAUCGCUGAAUGCCGUGCGUCUGCGCGGCUCGUACGCUCACGGACGUCAGCGAUCUACACAUCGGUCACAUGGACUUAUUGAGGCUAAGGCUACCCAGUCACAACAACCCUCGAGCAGCGCUUCAGAGGAUCCGGUCAAGCCCCGCGUUGAAGCACCCACGGAGCCUUUGUCAGAUGGCGUUUCUACUGAGAAAAGUGCCCAGCCCGAAAAGGACAUGGCGAAUGGCGUCCUCGAGGGACCUCCUGUACUACCUCCAAUGCCACAAGAGCCGUCCCUUGCAGACGCUUUCGAACCGGUGAAGGACGCAGGACCUCAGACUAGCCAGGGGCCGGAGACACCAAAAGCAAGCCAUCGACAGCCACACGCCGCCGUUUCGACUCCGCCUUCCUCCUCGCAGUACUCACCUGAACAACCCUCUCCGGGCAAGGAGCUUACUUUGUUUCUGCAGUAUCGAAGCAAGAUCAAGAAAUACGUGCUUCCCGAGGGCUCUUCUGGAUUAACUAUUGGAAGGCUUCAGUUGGCCUUUAUUGAGAAGUUUGCAUGGAACACCCACAACAACGGCGGCGAUCUUCCGGAAAUCUACAUCCAGGAUCCAAUUUCGGGCAUUAGACACGAGCUGGAGGAUCUUGGCGAUGUUAAAGAUCGAUCGGUUCUUGUUCUCAACGUUGACGCUCUUGAUGAAGUCAAGAAACAUUUCGAUGAUGAGUUUGGUGGGGUGCGCCGUCUACUAGAGAGUGUCAAAGGAGCAUUAGAUGGCCAGGGUAACAUGAUGCAGCGUGUCUCGGAUCGGCAGUUGGAAGCUGUCAAAGAAAUCGCCCGUCUUGCCGCCGCACCUUCCGUCUCCACCGCCGGCGCCCCUGCCGCGGGCGAGGCGCGGAAAGGCCCCAUUUCCGGCAGUGCUAGUCAGGUGGCCGAACUGUCGAGCUUACGGCGCGAUCUUGCGGUUCUGCGACAAACUUACACCGACUUUUCCGCAGACAUUGCGAGCUCAAUGGGUGCGAUACGGACCAAGGCAGAUACUGUCAAGUCUUCCGCUGUUGAUGCCUCCGUGCCGUCUUUCGAAGGUGAUGCCGGCCGUGCAAGAGUCAAUUCCGGAAAGAAGGAGCUUGCCGAAGAGUCCGAACGACUUGUCGCGCGUGUUGAUGAUCUUCAGGAUCUGAUCGAAGAUUUGCGGAAAGACGUGGUCAGCCGAGGAGUCAGGCCACUUCCUCGACAGCUCGAGACUGUGGGUAAAGAUGUCAGUGCGGUCACUAAGGAGAUCAAGAAGAUGCAAGAGUUUCUCAAGCGCGAGAAGCCGAUAUGGACCAAGAUCUGGGAGAAGGAACUGCAGCUCGUUUGCGAAGAGCGUGAUCAACUCACCAUGCAGGAGGACCUUGCAGCUGAUUUGCAGGAUGAUCUGGAAAAGGCAGCGCAGACCUUUGCUCUCGUCGAGCAAGCAACCAAGCAGCAGGCUAUGCAAAACGGCAACAGCGGACCAACUCUGCGGAACACCUCGCGGAAUGUGGUGAUCGAUCCGGCAGUUGACCCUGUGAAGGCAAAGGACAGUGUGCUGGGCGAAGUGCGUGCCCUCCAGCCAAACCAUGAAUCUCGCCUCGAGGCCAUUGAGAGAGCAGAAAAGGCCCGCCAGAAGGACCUUGAAACUCGCCGUGACGAUCUCUUCAAGAAAGAGCUCGGCAGCUUUGUUCAGGAGGGGAAGCUGAAGAAGAGUGGCGGUUUUGAGGAAACUGAACGACUUCGUCGAGCCAAGGACGAGCGCAACCGCAAGGAGAUGUGGAAUAUAGCUCAAGCCCGUGCAGCCGAGAUCGCAAAGGCCGAGGCUGAAGCGGCAGCGGCAUCUGCUGCGGAGGCUGCAGAACCAUCCGACGAUACCGCUCCUGAGGCAGAAGUACCGGGCUCGCCGAAAGGAAACGCUCCAGCUGCUGAUGAUGACGCCGGCGAUGAGAAGAAGGAGGAGGAAGCCCGCCCUGGCAGUGCGGACGACAAGGAAAACCACAAAGCGGACGCGGAGAACUAG